AUGGCCAUUGACAUGAAGUUUCGUGAUUAUGGCUGCAGUAGUGAUGACGCUGCAGUGACUGCUAGCCUGCUGUCGUGUAGCAGAAACGCACGAGGGCUAGGAUUAUAUAACAGCGCAGUUGACUCUUCACGGAGAAUGCCGACGGAUACCUCAGUGUCCGACUCUACCAGGUUUGACACAUCCCCUCUGACGGCCACGGCCGCUUCGCUCAACUCCUGUUCACCUUACUUCGGAAGCGCUGCAUCGUCGACUGGAGCAUCGGUUUCCUUGGAAUCGUUCGACCCUGUAACGGACCGCAGGGCGAUUCAUCCAUACUUCUCACAUAUAGCCGUCUAUGAUGUCGCCAUACCGUCCAGUAGGCAUUUUGUUCACGAUCAGGAGGGUGGGUUCAUGUUGGGCCGUGGGGACAGGUACACCCCCCACCCAUCACACCACCACCACCACCACACUUACGGGACGAACAAUUCCCUGUGGAAAAUGGCUGAAGUUUCCGGUAACUUGGCCAGUCACGUGCCCGUCGGUCACAGCGUGCCAAUCCAUCAUUAUCCAUUUCUUCAGGCAACAGGCAUUCCUCAAUCUACCCAUCUUCCACCUACCACGAUAGCGCCAUCGGCCAUUACGCUGCGCAAGAGACGCCGACCCUACAGUAAAUACCAAAUAGCCGAGCUAGAGAGAGAGUACCUGGGAUCCGCCUACAUAUCCAAAACCAGGAGAUGGGAACUGGCACAAAGGAUCCAUCUGACAGAGAGACAAAUUAAAAUCUGGUUCCAGAAUAGACGAAUAAAGGAAAAAAAGAUUCAAAACAAAACCUAA